AUGAGAUGUGUUUCCCCCCCAGACGUCCCCGGGCAGGUGAAGAACCUUCGGGUCGUGGACACGGCUGACGGAGAGGUAAGUUUAGCGUGGGAGGAGCCAGAGAGCGACGGCGGCAGCAAGAUCUUGUCGUACGUUGUGGAGAGGCGCGACAUAAAGCGUAAGACGUGGACGCUGUCGACGGACCGCGCCGACGCGCCCGAGUACUGUGUGAGCGGCCUGCAGCGAGACAGCAAGUAUCUGUUCCGGGUCUGCGCCAAGAACCGUGUCGGCAGCGGACCGCUCUCCGCCACCGAGGAGGCCGUGCAGGCCAAGAACAAGUUCGACGUUCCCGAGGCCCCGCAGAACGUGGCGGUGGGCGUGGUGAACCGUUACGGUGCCACUCUGUCCUGGGAGCCCCCGCUGAAGGACGGCGGCUCGGAGAUCACCAACUACGUGAUCGAGCUGCGCGACCGCACCUCGGUGAAGUGGGAGGCGGCCAUGGUGUGCGCCGCGGUGGACCGCUCGGCCACGCUGAACGACGUUGUGGAGAACAAGGAGUACAUCUUCAGGGUCCGCGCCGAGAACAAGGCGGGCAUCGGCAGGCCCAGCGCCGCCACCAACCCUGUGAAGAUCAUGGACCCCAUCGACCGUCCAUCCCCCCCCCUGAACCUGAACUACAGCGACCAGGUGCAGACGGCCGUCACCCUCACCUGGGAGACGCCCAGCAGCACCGGAGGCAGCAUGAUCACCGGCUACAUCAUCCAGAAGAGUGACGACGGCUCCGACAAGUGGAUGCGCUGCAACGCCCGGCUGUGCCAGGACCUGCACUACCGCGUGUCGGGUCUGAAGCCGGGUCAGAAGUACCUUUACAGAGUUUCUGCUGAGAACGCCGCCGGACUCUCCGACCCCGCGGAGCAGCUCGGCCCCCUGCUGGCCGACGACCCACACGUGGGUCCCCACUUCGACCUGAGUGGCUUCAGGAACGGUCUGGAGGUCAUCGUGCCGCAGCCCCUCACCAUCAGGGUGCCGAUCACCGGGUACCCCACGCCCCUCGCCAAGUGGACGUUCGGAGACAAAGAGCUGAGCACCGCCGACGAGCGCGUCUCCAUGACGACCAAACCAACCUUCACCGAGCUGAUGGUGUCCCCGAGUGUCCGCCCGGACAAAGGAACCUACAGCCUGACGCUGGAGAACGACGUGUGCUCCGUCAGCGGAGAGGUGGAGGUCAACGUCAUCGCAUGCCCUAGUGCCCCCAAGGACUUCAAGGUGGCGGAGGUGACGCGUCACCACGUUCACCUGAUGUGGGAGGUGCCCGAGCACGAUGGAGGAAGUCCUGUCACUCACUUCCAGAUCGAGAAGAGAGAGGUGUCCCGCAAGACCUGGGCCAAGGUGGCGGCGGGCGUGCUGGACCUGGAGCACACCAUCACAGACGUGGUGGAGGGGAAGGAGUAUCUGUUCAGCGUCACCGCCUGCAACAAGUGUGGACCGGGAGAGCCGGCAUACAUCGACGAGCCCGUCAACGUGUCCUCGCCCGCCACUAUUCCCGAUCCUCCGGAGAACCUGAAGUGGCGCGAUAAGAGCGGAAAGUCCAUCUUCCUGUUCUGGGAGCCAUCGAAGUACGACGGAGGCGCUCCCAUCAAAGGCUACGUUGUGGACAAGUGUCAGCGCGGGACGGAUAAGUGGGAGCCCUGCGGAGAGCCCAUCCCUGAGCUGAAGAUGGAGGUGACCGGGCUGAUCGAGGGCCAGUGGUACGCCUACAGGAUCCGAGCCUUCAACAAGCUGGGUGCCAGCAGACCUUGCAGGGCCACCGACGAGAUCCAGGCCGUGGACGCCAGAG